AUGUCUUCCGAUACCAUGUACUUUAACAGUUCACGGGUGCUCUCUGUGCCACCUAAGAACAGAACAAAGAAAAAGUUGGAUAAAAAAGAAAUUAAUAAUCAAAAACAAAAGAAUAUUAGACAAGAGCAGAUCGAUGUAAUAUUACCUGAACAACAGACAUUACCGAAUGGUCAAAAACCAGAUUUUGGUUCGAACUCUAAAAACAAUUCUAGCAAAAGGAAGAGUAAGAUUGAAAACAGUUCUCCAAAUAGAAAUGGUGGAAAGAGUUCAAUAAUUAAAGGUAUCGCUGAUACUGAAUUAUUGUCUUACAAUUUCAAGGAUCUAUUAUUAUCGAAGCCAAAUAAUCAAUCUGAGUAUUUGGAUGUGUCUCCAAAUAGAAAUAGCAAUGAUAAUUCGACUUAUUCGGCUUUUGCUUCUCCAGUUAAUACCCCAACAGUCCAACAUACCAAUUUAUCGGUUGUAAACAAUCCACAUCCCCAAAAUUUCCAUAUGAAUCAUUUUGAACAUCAAUCUUCUCCAAGAAUGAUGCAACCAGGCAUCUUACCAUACGGCCAGCACCAAAUUCCAGGCCCUAUGCAUUCAAUGAAUGGUAUGGGCGUAAAUCAACCCCACCCAUUAUUAGUCCAACCUGGUUUACCGGCACACGGCCAUGCAAUGCAAAUGAUAUCUCAGCAACCAAUGUUAAUUCAUCCAAUAUAUGGAAACAACGUUCCAGGAAAUCCAAUGAGACAGCCAUUUAUAAAUCAAAAUAAUAACAAUUACCCAAUUCCAAGCGGUAAAGGGCCAGUGCCAACGCCAAAUAACUACAUGUUAUCCCAACCGAUUCAAUACAUUCCACAUAAAGUCGUUCCAAACAAUUCUAUUCCUUCACCUCCUAAUAACGUUGAUGUGAUAAAAUCUAAUAAUAGUAAUGCAAAUGUCCAACAUAUGAAUUCGAGUAGUAAACCCUCUAACAAUAAUACAACUAAACUUAACAAAAAUAAAUCAAAUAAAAGAAAUACUAACAAUGGAAGGGGUGAUAACAGCCAUACAAACACUUUUGCAGGUGCAUCAUUUACAACAAAUGUUCCGAAUCUACAAAAUUUACCUAAACCAAGUUUUACUUAA